AUGGCAUUGGAAUUUUAUCGGGUCCACGUGCCUGGUGUGUUUAGCAAAGAAUUCCUCACGCCUGAUGAUUCUGAGCCGAUCCCCAGAACUCUCUACUUCAACCCUGAGUACGACUUCCUCGAAGUCCACACAAAGCAUACCAUCACUCCAGUACAUGUGGAUUUCAUUUACAAGCUCAAAACUAUAUACGACCCUAAACACGUUGGCCUGCUUCGCCUGGCGGUUGACCAUGCGGAUGUAGAAUAUCUAUCGACAAGCCUGGACCGUGAGGGAUCGGAUUUGGACAUCAAAAGGGAAUUGGCGGCUUCAUUUUCAGGUAUAAAAGAGGUGAUGUUGGUUUUUACAUCAUCCAACAAUUUGGGACGCCAAGUUGAUGGCGACGCCACGGUGGGUCCGGACAUCUUCAACCGAUCUAACCCCCUGCUUGCAACAACGACGACUUUUAAGCGGCUGAAUCGCGAUCCACGUUGCAUAUCCCGCGACCUCAAGCGAACUCUACUGUGGACUGUUGAGCCACAGCGAACAGUUCGGCUUUGGAAGACUAUACUUGCACAAGCCGGGCUUUCGUUCAAUUAA